UUGAUUCUUAAAGAAGAUGGAGGUUAGGUUAAAGUUGUAGAAAUGAACUUUGAUACAAAAUUAAUGCUGAUCACUACACAAAUGCCUUAUUUAUCGCAUGAUAUGUGAAACAGAAUCUUUGUCAUACAUACACGAACAUUACGAAAACUACUCAUGACAUUAGCCAUUAUGAAAGAUGCGUGUGAGAGGUGUACAUGUUCAUCCGCGAGUGUAAUGUUAGGUUAUUUUAAACCCUUUAAUUUUUAAUUUUAAUAUUUGUAAAAAGGUGAACUGAAUGCAUGUCAUAAUGAUACACAGAACGCAUGAGGUUAUUAUUUGCUUGUUGUUCUUGGGCACAGUAGCUGUUGUGUACAUAAUUACUCAAAUACUCCGUUCAGUAGUGGAUUUAAAAGGUGAUACGGCUAUACUCUCAAGCUUUGAAGGCAGCUGGCUGUUUCGACUCUGCCUGAACAUACUUGGAUAUGCUACCAUCUUUGUACCAGGAUUCCUAAUAUUUAAAUAUGUUAAGAAAAGCAGCUACUUAGAAAGAACAGGCCCAGGAUGUUUUCCCAGUGCUAUAAGGCUCUGCCUGUCUGGACCAGAUCCUUUGAUAAGUGGAGAUGGCCUUCAGCAGGCAACACCUCAGUUAUCUCAUGCCUUACAGCAGACCCACAGCACAAUGCAAGAAGCUAUUCUUUUGAUUUUCUGUUUCCUGGGACUUCAACUGACAUACCUCACUUGGGGUUUGUUGCAAGAGAAGAUCAUGACACAGGAGUACAUUGAUUCUGGAGGAGCUAAAGGACAUUUUACAGAUUCACAGUUUCUUGUCUUUGUGAAUCGGAUUUUGGCCUUUGUGCUAUCAGGACUUUACAUUAUUUUUACAAGGCAGCCACGGCAUGUAGCUCCAUUCUACAAGUAUGUCUACUGCUCAUUCUCCAAUAUCAUGAGUUCAUGGUGUCAGUAUGAAGCCCUCAAGUAUGUCAGCUUCCCAACCCAGGUACUAGCCAAGGCUUCAAAGAUAAUUCCAGUCAUGAUAAUGGGGAAGAUCGUUUCUAGAAAGAAAUAUGAGUACUAUGAGUAUGUGACUGCAGUGCUUAUAUCAGUGGGAAUGGCAUUCUUCAUGCUGGGCAGUGCAGAUGACCAUAAAGGGGUCGCAGUGACCACAUUCUCAGGACUGAUCCUUCUGGCUUCCUACAUGUUAUUUGACAGCUUUACUUCCAACUGGCAAGGGGAGUUGUUCUCUCACUAUGGCAUGAGUUCAGUGCAGAUGAUGUGUGGAGUGAAUUUAUUCUCCUGCCUCUUCACUGCAGUCUCUCUUGCACAGCAGGGAGGGUUCAUCCAUUCCAUCAAUUUCAUGACUGAGUUCCCGAAGUUCGUGUUUGAUUGUCUCGUCCUGUCAGUAUGCUCAGCUGCAGGGCAACUCUUUAUAUAUUACACCAUUGCAACGUUUGGACCAGUUGUCUUUGUGAUUAUCAUGACCAUAAGACAGGGUCUUGCAAUUCUGCUCUCCUGUUUCAUCUACCAACAUCAUAUCACAGCUGUGGGCAUUAUUGGUGUGAUCAUUGUAUUUGUGUCAGUAUUUCUACGAAUUUAUUGCAAUCAGCGAUUACGAGCAAUCCGGAAACGGACCCAAGCAUCAAGCAGUAUCAAGGUGUAAUUGCAGCUGAAAUAGUUCUGUAAUUAAGCAGAAUCUUCAUAAAAGAUGAGGCCAGUGAAGCUUCAAGCCAUCCAAAAGAAAAUGACAUGGGAUGAAGAGUCUUAUAAAUCUGUUGGGAUGUGAAGGUUAUAAGGAACACCCAAUAAGGACAUUGCUAUUUAAAAGAAAAUCAUGCAUAACUCCAACUAGGUAAGUGCUUUUUCUUUUGGGGAACAAAGGUACCAAUAUGCGAAUGAGAGGGCAACCAUACAGGGGAAACUUACCUAUAACAACCAACCACAAUGUGGACAUGUAUCUUGACAAAAAGUCACAGAAUGGAGAUGUUACGGGGCAUAUAUCCACCUUUGGAUCUCUUGAACUUACAAUAAAUACAAUAACAGAUCAUCCUUAAACAGCUUCUUAUGGUCAAAGCCAAUAGCUUAAAUGGCUGAAUAUUACCAGUCUGUUAAUUUAAUUGCUUAAAAGCAAAAAGAGUCAAGUAAUGAAUAUAAAAUGUUGACUGCCACAGACACUGAUGAAGGUGGAACUGCAGGUUUUAUUUCCUUAACGCAUUUGAACAACAUUCCACUUGUUAACAAGCUUGUUGGUGUAUGUCCCUUCUGGAAUCUUUCAGACACAUGUUUGAUGAUGCGUUCACAACAUUAAAAAACAUUACAGCUCUAAAGUAAUAUAUAUAUAUACCACUUCAUGAAUACAUUCAAACUCAUUUAUUUUCUCCAGCAAUACACAGGUUUCUUGUGUUAGAUUUACAAUGAAACUGUCACACAAAUGCAAUAUUUAAGCAUCUCUUCAAAUAUGUUUUGCAGUUAUUCAGACAGUAAUAGACUGUACUUUUGGCAGAAUAAAACUGCAAAAAUAUUAAAUGUAACAGCACAAACAACUUCAGAACCCAAAAAGAGUGAGAUUGAAGCAAAAGUCCCCAGCUUUGUAAUAUGGUCUGUAGGGAAUAUAUGGCUGGGAUGAAGCGCCUGACUUAAAUCCUGGGCUGCACACGCUUAGCAGAAAUGCAGAAUAGUUCCAAUGAUCUUGGAAGAGGUACACACACACAACAGCAUUCCAAUUUCACAACCUGCCACUAAUUCAAACUUCAGUUAGUUACUAGACCUCAUCCAGUAAUUUGAUUUACUAUACAUGCGGUAGAACCACAUACAAAUCACAAGGUCUUAACGAAGUAUUGUAAUGUGUGCAAACUACUCUAUAUCACUGAUAUACAUAUUUACAUCAGUAGCUGAAAACAUGUAUCUCAGUUCAUUAACACAUAUAUAUGGACU